AUGCGAUCAUUCUAUAUAAUCACAGCCUUGACAGCCCUUGUCUUCACAUCGCCCGCCCUGUCCCAGCAAUGCAACGGCCAUAGCGAACUCUGCUCGAGACCCUAUCAUCAAGUCGCAUUCCCCGGCACUCACAAUUCUUUUUCGGCCGUUAAAAAUAAUCCCGCAGCGAAUCAAUUCUUUCCUGUCGCCACUCAGCUCAAUGACGAGAAUGCGGGUACCGCCGUAGAUACGUUAAAAAUAAUCGCUGACUUUAUGAAGGCGAAUCCCAAUGAGGUGAUAACAAUUAUUUGGGAGAAUUAUGAUAAGAUAGAUGUUAACUCAUACGCGGCAGCCUACCAGCAAGCAGGAUUGGACAAGUUUGCAUAUACACAACCAUCAGGGCAGCAACAGUGGCCGACUCUGUCCGAAUUAAUUAGCAAGGGAACGACAUUGAUUAAUUUCAUUGAUAAUGGUGCUUCGCCCAGUGUGCCAUGGCUUCACGAUGAGUUUACUUACGUGAUCGACACGCCCUUCUCCAACAACGACCCGAACAAUUGGCAGUGUGUCGUUGACCGCCCACCAGGCGCUUCACCCAGUAGUAUAAGCCUGUAUAACGUCAAUCACUUCCUGUACGGCAAUUUGGGCGAGUCGAAUAUCGAAACUCCUCAACCAGGUUCCGCAAGCUCGACAAACGGACCCAAUCUCGAGCAGCAUGCACAGCAAUGUACAAAGGCGUUCGGACGGAUUCCCAACUUUGUAUCAGUUGAUUUCUACGACCAGGGCAGUAACAAUGUUAACAUCUUUUCGGUCGUCGCAGAAUUGAAUAAUGUAACAUAUACGCCCAAGCCGUUGGGUGACACGUCAUAUAAUGGCAACCAAACAACGACUGCGAAUGCCUCAUUACAGAAAGGUUCCGGAUUAUAUAUGAUGACUAGUGGAUUGCUCUUUGUAGCGCUUGUGAUGGUUGGAUUGUAA